UUCUAAAGAUUGACCAGAGUAACCCAAACAUGGCUAUUCUCCAAACCCCAACAGCAGGUCGAAUAAUGAAGAAACGGGUAGACUUACAGUAUAUUAUGAAUUGCUAAAGAGCUUUGCCAGGCAAAAGGCUAUACAAAAAUUUGCACACUUGCUUUCAUUAAGAACAAACAAACAAUUAAGGGAAGAAAUCAUCCAAGUGGAGUCGUACAGAUGCAGGACUCGAGGAAUGAACUUGUGCAGCUAGCGAAGCUUGCAGAGCAAACGGAAAGAUUUGAAGACGUCAUUCUCUACAUGAAAAAGGCUAUCGAGAUUAAUCCAUCCCUAAACAAGGAGCACCGGAAUUUGUUAUCCGUCGGUUACAAAAAUGUUGUUGGUAGCAAGCGAUUCGCGUGGAGACAUCUGCAUCACGAUGCCCUUCAGAGUGGUAGAUAUAUAAGAGACUCACAACUUAAGGGGAUUAUCAAGUAUAAAGAGAAAAUUGAGAUGGAACUAAAGACGCUAUGCAGAGAAAUUCUGGCUUUAAUUGAGACAUGUUUGUUAGACGCCGCGGAGGACGCCGAGGCCAAAGUGUUUUACGAUAAGAUGACGGGCGAUUACUGGAGAUAUCUGGCGGAAAUCUACAGCGGCAAACAACAAAAGGAAGCGGCAGAGCGGAGCCUGGGGGCGUAUAAACAUGCGUCAUCAACAGCAGCAGAGUACCUAAGCCCAACUGACCCAAUCCGGCUUGGCCUUGCGCUAAAUUUCGCGGUAUUCUACAAAGAGAUCUUGAACGAGGCUGAGAUGGCGAUCAUGCACAGUAAACAGGCGUACGCGGCCGCCUUGCCUGAGAUGGACAGCUUGUCAGAGGAAGUGUACAGAGACAGCAACCUCAUAAUGCACUUGCUGAACGAUAACAUUACCAUUUGGAUGGAAGAAUAGUCUAUCAUAGGUCCCAAUAGGCAUAGCUGAUCACUAAAGCUCUUUAUAAUUAUCUAUAUCAAACUAUAGAAUUGUUAGUCUUGGUUAUAGACAAAAACGGAUUAGUGUAAAGGUCAAACCAAUACCAACAAA